GGUCUGGAAAGGAAUCACGAUUUGUGAACUGAACAACGCUCCCAAAACGACUCCGUCUCUCGAUUCUCGAGCUUUGUGAUUUUCCACUGAAAAUUCGAUUCUCAGAGAUGCAUCUUUGAUGACAGAUAUUAUUCAAGACACAUGGGAAUGAAUCAAUCAUUUGAAUGUAUCUUUAGUGGUGGAUAGAAGAUUCAGAGGAGUGUCAAACAUCUCUUGAAGAUAAUGUGUGGGAUGGAUUUGGUGAAAAUGAUGAUCAUAUAGUGUCCCAUGCUGUUGACAAACAUAAGAACCAAUUUGUAAUACGGGGUGAUGGCUGUAAGAAAUCACUUCAUGAAUUAUCUGGUAUCAGAAGUAGUGAUUAUGUAAGUAUCUAUAAAACUCAGUUUAAAGAGCAACUAUACUAAAAAAUUCUGACCCAAAAAGAAAGAAUGCUGGAAAAGGGUUCAUGGUCUCACUCACCUGAAGGUGGGUUUCCUUCAUGCGAUAGUGACUCACACAAAGAAGCAAAAAGACUGAUAUCAGAUGAUACAGGCAUGUCCGAUCAUUGUUUCAAGAGUGGCAAUAUAGAUGCUGGUGGUAGCGAGCUUUGUGCCAAUGACACUAUCUUGGGAGACAAGUGUGUGGUGGGAGAUGAUAGUGUGUGUGAAUAUCCAAUCAAUCACAUAUCCCAAGCUGACAAUGAACUCAGUUUUCUUGAUAACGAUGGGUGGCUGGAUAUAGGAAACUUUGAAGAUGUUGACAGGAUGUUAAGUUGUGAUUUAACUUUUGGAAUGGGCAGUCUCAAUAAUGAAGAGGAGUUCUGCUGGCUCUCAACUUCACAUGGUGCUGAUGGUUCAGAUGAUGCAUUGAAGUCUGACUUCCAGUUUACAUGUGAAGAAAUGAGUCCAUUGAAAAGUAUAUCAGAUUAUAAUAUGGAUACCAAGGAAAAUAUUGAAGGUCUUCCAAUCAAUGAUUCCAACGUAGGAGCAUCUCCUGUUGAUAAAAAAAUCAGGUCUCAAAUAGAUGUUGAUGAUGAUGGUCUCUCUGAUCCAUUAUCAAUGCUCAGUGAAUCAGACAUGAAAUCUGGUAAUACAGAUCACUUGAUGCCCAAAGAAAAGUUGCAGAGGAAGCUGCCAAAGCAAUCAGCAGGAAGGCGGAAAAAUGGUGAUUCUAUUCAUCCUUAUACUCCUCCGGAGGAAUAUACAGAUACGAAGCAACCCUUUGGAGCCUCUUUAAGUGGGGUUACUUCUCUUGAUAGCGUCCAGGAACACAAGCUGAACACAAAUUCUGUUUGUUUAGGUUGCAUACAGACACAAGUUCCUAUAACGCACCCAGACUAUAGUCUUGCUCCAAAUCACAUUUCCCUCUUUCCAACUGUGUCUGCAUCAAGAUCCGAGCACGAUGGACAUCUGUCUCCUUCUCUUAAAGAAUCAUCUUGUGCGUCAAACAUGGAGAGUUCUCAUGGCCACUCUUUGGAGGCUGCUGCCUUGAAAACAAAUGACAAGAGAGAAAAGUUGUAUCAUUGCCGUGAUGGACACCUGUUAAGUCGGAGUUUCAAAAAUGAGAAUAUGGCAAAUCAAAUGCCAUUUCACAGUCCAGGUUCAGCUCAGCAGGUACGUCGUCAGUUUGAAAAUGAAGAUGAAGGUCAUAGUGAAGUUCAAGGAGUUAGCCUAGGAUUUUCACCAGAAAUAGACUCAUCAACUGUGCGGGAAAGCUCGUCCACGAGAUCUGCUCCGGACCAGACCUCACUUGAAGCAAGUAGUUUUUGCUACCUGCAACAGGUCAUGGAUCAGUUGGAUAUUAGAACCAAACUUUGCAUAAGGGACAGUCUAUACCGCUUGGCUAAGAGUGCUGAGCAAAGACAUAAUUCAAACGCAAACGAUUGCAUUGGAGAUGAUGUUGAAGCGUGCAAAGCAAUGAUGACACAGGAUGAAAGCAGGUCUACGGGAUUCAUGGAUAUAGAGACCGACACAAACCCCAUUGAUCGGUCUAUAGCACAUUUACUGUUUCACAGGCCCUCAGAUCCCUCAAUGUUGAUUCCUAACGAUAUUAUACCUUUCAAAUCAAGUGCCACGAUACAUGGAUCAGUGAUCAAUCCACCAGUAAAGACUGAGAAACAGGUCUGUCGGGAAGAUUCUUUUACUGGAGUGGAAAAAAAAAACUUUUAGGGGGUAACACCUAAUGAAAGUGAAACCAGCUGUGGUACAUUUCGGCCUACAA